CUCAUAUUCCGCCCAGUGCUGUGCAUGACAUGGCAAUUAACUGCUUUUAAAAUCCGUGUUUCAAGUCCGAACACUCCUACACACCAAAGUACCUUCACUCUCGAACCUAAAAGUUUCCCCCUUUCUUAUCGCUACACAAUAAAACUCAAUUUCUCUCCAAAAACCUUCAAUUCAGCCCUAAUUUCUAUAUGGGGGAGGGAGAUUCUGCGACUGAAGUUGCAGAGACAGUGGCGAAUGGGACUGUCUCUCAGGAUACAGCAGUGAAAGAUGUGAGUGAGAAAAAGGAGGAAAAUGUAGAAAAUGAGAAAAGGGAAGAAAAAGAGGAAAAAGAGGAAAAGGAGGGAGUUGAAAAGAUGGAUGAAGAUGUAAAAGAUGAUGAGAAAGGUAAAACUAAAGAAGCUGAUGCUGACAAGAAAGAUACUGAGGUAACCAAAGAUGAGAAAAAAGAAGAAGAGGAGGUAAAAGAUAACAAGAAAGAAGAGGAAGAUAACGAUAAGGAUAAAGAGAAAGGAAAUGAAGAACCCAAGAGUGAGCCCAUGGAAGUUGACAAAAAAGAAACUCCAGAUGAGAAGCCUGAGAAUAAGAACACAGAAGUUGCUGAUACAAAAGAUGUAGAGGAAAAAAAGGAAGAGAUUACAGAAGAGAAGGUAUCAAAGACAUUUUCAAGAAAGAAAGGUGGUGGAGAAAAGAACAAUAGUGAGACAAAGGAAUCAGGAGGAGAGAAAAAAGGGAAGGAAAAAAAGAAGGAACCCACACCCACAACUCCUGUUGCUCUUAUAAGUGAGCGACCUGUACGUGAAAGGAAAUCUGUAGAGAGGUUGGUUGCUGUCAUUGACAAAGAUACUACCAGGGAAUUUCACAUUGCAAAGGGACGUGGUGUCGCACUGAAAGAGAUUCCAAAUGUUGCAUACAAAUUAUCGAAAAGGAAAGCAGGUGAUGACACACUCAAAGUGCUCCAUACCAUAUUAUUUGGAAGGAGAGGAAAGGCUAUUCAGGUCAAGAUGAAUAUCUUGCGGUUUUCUGGCUUUGUCUGGCAAGAGAGUGAUGAAAAGCAAAAACUGAAAGUGAAAGAAAAGCUUGACAAGUAUAAUAAAGAGAAGCUGUUGGAAUUUUGCGACCUGUUUGACAUGCCAAUUGGCAAGACUUCUGCAAAGAAGGAAGAUGUUGUCAUAAAGCUGAUAGAUUUUAUGUUGAAGCCUCAUGUCACAAACAGUGAGUUGCUUUCAGAGAAAGAACAGUCAAGCAAGGGUAAAAAGCGACCAACAAGCAGCAAGAAAAGUGCAUCACCUUUAAAAAGUUCAUCUAAGAAGCAGAAAACUAAAAGUACUUCUGAAGAUGAUGAGAAGAAGAAUUCAGACACAGAUGAAUCUGAAGAGGAUGAAGAUAAUGAAGAACAUGAAAAUACAAACGGUGAUCCAGACAAGUCUGAAGAUGAGAAAUCUGAAGAUAAUACUGCAAGUGAAGAAGAAGAAGAAGAAGAAGAAGAAGAUGUGUCUGAACCAGAUUCUGAAGAGGAAAACAAGAAACGCAAACGAAGUUCAAAGAAAUCAUCUUCUUCAAAAAAAGAAGCUAAAUCUUCUUCAAAAAAGACUACCCCAACUCAAAAUAAGACCCCAGCUAAAUCAUCUACAAGUGCUUCAAAAGCCAAGGAAAAAGAACAAACUGAUUCAGGUCCCAAGACUUUCUCAAGGAAGAAGAAGAAAGAUGUAGUUGAAGAGAAGGCUGUUGCCCCGAAGAAAGCUGCCACUAAAGAGAAAACUGCAAAAGUGAAAAAGACUACGAAAGAGAAGGAGAAACCUAAAGCUGAAAAGAAGAUAACAGAUGACGAACUCAGAACUGCAAUAUGCGAGAUCCUUAAAGAAGUCGACUUCAAUACAGCAACAUUCACUGAUAUUCUCAAGCAGCUUGCAAAGCGAUUCAGUACAGAUUUGACAUCAAGAAAGGCGUCGAUAAAGUUUAUGAUUCAGGAGGAGCUGACAAAGCUAGCUGAUGAAGCAGAUGAAGAGGAUAAAGAGGAGCCUGAAAAGACUACUACUGGAAAACAAGAAUCUGUGGAAAAAGGUGUCAAGGCCUAAUCUGAAUGCUUUUGCUUAGGAGGCAAAACAAAAAACAUGUAAGUUAGGUGGUGGGCAGUGAAGUUUCUGGAAACACUGUAGAGAGAGACAGGUAGAAGAGUAGGUGAUGGAUGGAUUGGAUGGAUGAUAGGGGAGUAUAAAUUAAUUAUAGGGUAAAUUUGUCUGUUGUUUUUUCAUGGAUCAUAGAUCUUGAUAAUUUGGCUUUUGCCCAUUCAUGGUUUGCUUGAUAUAUUCAGACUCAUGUUUGCUGA